AUGAGACUGCAAGAUCCAAUGGCUUAUUAUCAAGAGGAACAAGAAAAUAUUGAUUUGUCGUCACAGAUCAAAAACAUCAAACGUGAACUCAAGGAAUGGGAACGGUCAUUUGCGGAGACAGAAGGUCGUCGACCCUAUAAAGAAGACAUUGCUCAAGACAAAUCCGUUCAAAGGAGAUAUAAACUAUACGCUCGCUUGAAACGCGCCGAAAAAGAUCAGGCGGUUUCAUCUCAUCAAACACCCGCCAAUGGAGGAGGGGAUGACGAUGAAGAGGCCCUUCAAUCUCCUGAUGUCGCCUUGUCACCUAGUCGAGAAGAUUGGCCUUCAUCAUCCCCUGUCAACCGAACUGACAGUCAAGCAACCCGAACCAAAAAGUCAAAGAACUCGCAACGUUCAAGGAAAGAUCCUAUUGAUGAACUAGACCACAAAGAAGAGAGAAUGGAACGAAGCCAUCGACCGGAUCGUCAGCAAGAGUAUUCUCAGCAACAGUGUGACGAUGAUGAACAACCUCGACGUGCAAAAAGUCGCAAUGAUGCAAAUGUGGUGGAUCAAGCCAAGCCAAGACGACGAGACAGGCAAGAUCAAGACGACGACCGACCUAGCACAGAACGUAGUAACAGUCGACGUGAAAGAGAACGUGCCGAACCCGACCAUGUGAAGCCAGAACGAAACAAUAGUAGUAGGGCCCAGAGGAGGGCCAAACAAUAUGAAGAGCCCGAGGAGCCAGACGAAGCACCUCACCGCCAUACUCCUGAAGCGAAAGAGCGUGGAUCAGCAUCAUCGCGCUACCAGGAUGGACAAGAAAUGAACAGCAGACAACAGGAUGAAUUGAAUUAUGAUCCAGCUAGCAGACCUUCUUUGUGCUCUCCACCCCCACCCGUAAACACCGAACCUGCACCUGCUCCAUGGCGUAAACGUGAUUCCUUGUCCAGAGUCAACUCGACGUCACCACCGCCGACAGCAUUUGCAUUACCAAUGGACAAUUAUAAUAACACAAGUAGUAACAAAAACAUGUACAAUCAGUCAUCUUCGCCGACCUCACCAGCUUCAGCAUCAAGACCAUUAUCACCCUCAUCUCCAUCUUCAUCGGUUACGGCACCAUCAAGCACCUCAAACAAUGUUGUCAAAAAAGCUGAUUUGCCAGUGCACUUCAAGUUGAAACGAACUACCAUUGCACCUGGUCCCAUAUCUACAGCUGACAUUGAAGCUGGUAUUAGUCCUGCCUCGGCAUUAACAGCAUCAUCUGACUCUCGUCCUUCGUCGGCAAAUCCGGCAUCACCUGCUGAGCCAGUCCCACAACAACGAGGUGUACUUAUAUCUGGUCCUCCAGUAGCAGGAUCCGAGUACCAAGAGUUUGUGAAUCGCAGAAGACAAAUGGAAGCUCUGGCUGCUCAACAAUAUGAAAAAGAGCGUGAACGAGAGUUGGCUGCCAAGAAUAACGUCGCUACUGUUACAGCUGCUAGCCCUACUAUCAACAGCAACACCAAUCCAAUUAUGCCUCUAGCCAUAAAGCCAAUCUCAGUCAUGGCUCAAGUAUCUGUUGGACCACCACCACUACCAUCUGAAUCACACCGUAAUGCCGAACGCCAUCUGCCGCAAACCUCCAAUUCUUCUAAUUCAUCAGUUGCUUCUCGAGAAGCCUCUGCAACGUAUUCGUCAGCAGGUGCAUCUCGACCACCACCAGCUCAACCAAUCAAAAACUCAUUCGUUGGGUCGACGUCAUCUGUCACUAGUCCAAAGGACGCAGUUAACACCUCACAAUCGAUAUUUGUGAAAGCAGUGAAACGGCCCUCUAUUGAUCACGGAGAUAUCGUUACACUUGAUUCACCUGGCAGCGGGGAUCAAGAAGAGGAAUUGGAUGCGGACGAUGUAGACCUGAUUGUACCCAUGGCAGAUCCACCAAGCAACUCUUCACGAAGGGAUUCCAUGUCGCCUUUAGCAACGGAAGGAUCUACGGUUGCUAGUAUUGCUGCUAAGGGUGUGCCUAUUAUUAAUCCUAAGUUGUUCAAGCGCCUGAGUGAAGAAGGAGUUUUACGAUGUCGUCUCGUUCGAAAGAGUACAGGAAUCUACAAGGCCCAUCCAGCCUUCUUCCUCUAUAAUGAAGCAGAUGACCGCUUCUUGUUGGCUGCUCGAAAGAGACUCAAGAGCAAAAAUGUAGCGUUUUUGAUUUCGAACGCUGCUGAUGAUAUGACGAAAGAUGGUCAACACUACAUUGCUAAGCUCAAGGCCAAUACUCAGAGAACAGUGUUUACAUUGUAUGAUGCUAGAUACUAUUCCAAGGCAGCUCCAAACAAAGGAUUGAAAGAGCUGUCCUGCAUUACCUAUAGCAAAACAGUUCUCCCUCGUGAGAUGCAGGUUGCAAUUCCUGCCAUGUAUAUAGAAGAAGGAUCGGACGACUUUUCCAAGGACGUCCUUGCGGAUACACGAGCUCAGAAUACAAGCAAGCUUCACUUUUUACGAAACAAACCACCAAGAUGGAAUGAAGCUACUCAAUCGCAUUGUCUCAAUUUUGGAGGACGUGUUACAUUACCAAGUAUCAAGAACUUUCAGCUCAUUGCUGACGCUGGUGAUGAAGCGUACAUUGUUAUGCAAUUUGGUCGAUGUGGACAAGACCUGUUUGCUUUGGAUGCUCGAUAUCCAUUAACUCCUGUGGAAGCCUUUUCGAUUGCUCUUUCGACUUUCACUGCUUAUGACUCUGCCUAG